AUGUAUGUAAAUCCAUUGGAAGAUAAUGUUGAAGGAGAGGGAGAUUCUGAAAGUAGUUUGAUGGCUGCAUCAUUCACUCAAGAAAAUUGUAGAAAAAUGCUUGCUAGGAUGGUUAUCUUGGAUGAAUUGCCAUUUAAGUUCGUAGAAAGUGAAGGGUUUCACCAAUUUUGUCGGGCAUUAAAUCCAAAGUUUGUGAUUCCAUCAAGAGUAACCGUUGCAAAAGAUUGUUUUCAAAUAAUUUUGAACUUUUGUCAAGUAGCUAAUCAUAAAGGAGAUACCCUAGGUAGAGCCAUUGAAAAGUGCUUAGAAGGUUGGGGUAUUGAUAGGCUCUUUACUAUAACGGUUGAUAAUGCGAGUUCAAAUGAUGUAACCAUUGCGUACUUGGUUAAAAAGUUUAAAGGCAGAAAUGGGUUGGUGCUGGAUGGUGAAUUUAUUCACAUUAGAUGUUGUGCCCAUAUUCUUAAUUUAAUUGUUAGUGAUGCCUUAAAAGAUUUGCAUGUGUCUAUCAUUCGAAUCAGAAAUGCUGUGAAGUAUGUUAGGUCAUCUCCUGCUAGAUUGCAAAUAUUUAAAGAUUUUGCUAAAGAAGAUAAGAUGUCAACAAAAAAUUGUCUUACAAUGGAUGUUCCAACACGAUGGAAUUCUACUUUUACUAUGUUGGAUGGAGCAAUUAAGUGUCAAAAGACUUUUGAAAGAUUGGAGGAGCAUGACCCUAGUUAUUUGCCAAAGGAUGAUAUUCCUACUACUGAAGAUUGGGAUAAUGAAAAAGUGUUUGUAAAGUUCCUAAAGACUUUUUCAGAGGUAACAAUGAAGUUUUCUGUAUCUAUGUCUGUGACUUCAAACAUAUUUUUUCAUGAACUUUGUUUGAUCCAAGAAAUAAUUCGUGAAUACUCAUCGUAUGAGAAUGCAUUAUUGAGUCAAAUGACAUUAAGCAUGCAGACAAAAUUCAACAAGUAUUGGGGUAUAAUUACAAGUGAGAAGACCAAUUUAUUAUUGUAUGUUUCUGUAGUUCUUGACCCUAGGUACAAGCUAGCUUAUGUGAAUUAUUGUUUUAAUGAAUUUUUGGAGAAAUAUUGUGCAAAAAUAUGA